GAAGGGAGGGGAGUAUCCCUAAACCCAAGAGUGCCGGCUCUCCAGCUCCUCACCAUCCCCCGUUCUCUGCUCCCCCAGAGCCAAGGGUAAGAGUAGUGGGGGCGGGGAGGAGGUGCCAGAUCUCCGCCGGGCGGCGACGACAAGCACAGAAAGCCUGUCUGCUUGCUUGCCUGCCUGCCUGCCAGCCAGCCACCCAGCCUUCCUCCCAACCUUUCUCCUCCUCCGGGUCGCUUUCCCAGCCCCGGGGCAGUUGUCUGGGCUAUAACGGAGGGACUCGAUUGUUGUGGGAGAGCAGUCAUUGCUCCAGCCCCAGCCCGGCCCGGCCCAGCCGGGUACCGGCAAGCUGGGAGAGGGGAAGGGAGAGGGGGAGGGGGAGCCUCUAAGCUCCAGCUGAGCCUGGGCCACCCCCUCUUUUUUCCCUCCCUCCUUCCAUCUCCCUCUCCCCUCCCCCGAGGGCCGGGGGGCCGGGCCGGGGCAGGAGCAUGAGGCUGGCGGCCACUGGCUCAGGCAUUGGGUGGUAGCCACGGUACAGCCAUGGCCAGGACCAGUCCGGGCCGCAGCCCCCCUGCCGGGGACCCUGAGCGCCAACAGCGUUGGGGCCUCCUUUUCGACGAGCUGGACAGCAACAAGGAUGGCCGCGUGGACAUUCAUGAGCUACGCCUGGGGCUGGCCCGGCUAGGCGCGAGGACCCCGGACAGCGCCGGCCAGGACAUUCUCCAGGAGGGAGACAUAGACCAAGAUGGGGGCCUGACCCUUGAGGAGUUCACCCGCUACCUGCAAGAACAUGAGAGACGGCUGCUGCUCAUGUUCCACAGCCUGGACCGGAACCAGGACGGCCACAUAGAUGCCUCAGAAAUCCAGCAGAGCUUCCAAGCCCUGGGCGUUUCCAUCUCUUUGCAGCAAGCUGAAAAAAUUCUGCACAGCCUGAACCCUGGCAUCCACCCCCCUCCUCCCAAUCCCCAGCCCUCCCUCCCUCCCUCCCUUCCCAGCAUGGACCGUGAUGGGACAAUGACCAUUGACUGGCAAGAAUGGCGAGACCACUUCCUGCUACAGCCCCUGGAGAACAUGGAAGAUGUCCUGAAGUUCUGGAAGCACUCAACGGUCCUGGACAUAGGUGAAUGUCUGACAGUGCCAGAUGAGUUCUCGGAACAAGAGAAGCUGUCGGGCAUGUGGUGGAAACAGCUGGUGGCAGGAGCUGUGGCAGGGGCUGUGUCACGGACGGGCACGGCCCCACUCGACCGACUAAAGGUUUUCAUGCAGGUUCACGCUUCUAAGACCAACCAGCUGAAUGUCCUAGGCGGGUUGCGGAGUAUGGUCAAAGAGGGCGGCGUCCGCUCUCUGUGGCGAGGAAACGGCAUCAACGUGCUCAAGAUCGCCCCUGAAUCCGCCAUCAAAUUCAUGGCGUAUGAGCAGAUCAAGUGGGCGAUUCGGGGGCAGCAGGAGACGCUGCGGGUGCAGGAGCGCUUUGUGGCAGGGUCCCUGGCUGGGGCCACGGCCCAAACCAUCAUCUACCCCAUGGAGGUGCUGAAGACGCGGCUGACCCUCCGCCAGACUGGCCAGUACAAAGGGCUGCUAGACUGUGCUCGGCAGAUCCUGGAGCAGGAGGGUCCCAGAGCCUUCUACAAGGGCUACCUGCCCAACGUCUUGGGCAUUAUCCCCUACGCGGGAAUCGACCUGGCUGUCUAUGAGACCCUGAAGAACAGGUGGCUCCAGCAGGACAGCCACCACUCGGCUGACCCGGGGAUCCUCAUCCUCUUGGCCUGCGGCACCAUCUCCAGUACCUGUGGCCAGAUUGCCAGCUAUCCCUUGGCUCUGGUCCGAACACGCAUGCAAGCUCAGGCUUCCGUCGAGGGUGCCCCACAGCUCACCAUGCUGGGUCUCUUCCGCCACAUCCUUUCCCGAGAGGGGGUGUGGGGCCUGUAUCGAGGCAUCGCCCCCAACUUCAUGAAAGUGAUUCCAGCUGUCAGCAUCUCCUAUGUCGUCUAUGAGAACAUGAAACAAGCCCUAGGGGUUACCACCAGAUUUCUCGGCUGCUCCUGGAGCCUGCAACCAACUGAUCUACCCCACCUGGUCACUGACACUGGAUCACCAGAGGAACCUGCCCCAGGAUCUGCUCUGCAUGGCAUUGGCACUGGAUUCCCAACCUCUGGUGGAGGUGGGGAUGGCGGUGGCCCUUCACCCCUAUGCCCCCUCCCUCCCCACUGCACUGACGUGAGAACCAUCUGGUCUCUUCCCCAUCCCCCUGUACUGCAGCUCCCCUGGGCCCCCCGUGGCAGUGCAAAUUCCCUGGAUCCCUCCUCCGUGUCCCCCCAUGAUAGUGACACUGUUCUGCUCCAGCCCUGACUACCCCGUCACCCCAGACAGCUCAGCCUAACCCAUCUGUGGGGGAACGCGGGGUCAGGGAGGCACACUGGCUAAGCCCAGCCAGAGGGAGGGUUCCCCGUGGCCUUAGGCAGAGACCCUCCAGGACCCCACAGCUGAGGACGAACCUUCUACUUUCUUUCCCCCUUCUCCCAUUCCUCAGCUUAGGUAAGAGACAAGUUUGAAUAAGGCUGAAAAGGGACCCAGGACAGGGUUAGGACCUCUUGCGGAGCCAUACUGAGGUCCAUGCCCCUCCCUCCAGCAUCCUCCAAACACACAUUCCAAUUGUGCAGGAAGAAAUAAAGAGAAAGAAAGAAGUCUUAAAAAUCACCCCACCCAGGUCUAUUUUUCUACUGGGGUAAAGAACAGCUAUUCUCCCAACACACACACACAUUCCACACCCUUCCCCAACCUCCAGGGAAUCUCUGUAUAUACUGCAUUUUAUAGCUGGAUUCUGAGGCUGGGGAUGGAGGAGAGAUCUGAGAAUUAAGGUAUUAAAAGGUCUCCUUCUCUCUCAGAAAGCAGAGAAUCUAGUCCCUGUGGAGAGCAGUAUCCAGAGGUCCCUCUUCCCCUCUCAUGCUCCCUCCCCACUCAGUCUCUCUGCCUGUGUGUGCACCUUUUCAAAGGGAAACAAAUGAAUACAUUUUUCUAAGUCCCCAAA